AUGGUGGUCCUCGAUUUCAAUGAAAAUGGCUACCGCCAGAUAGUUCUACCCAUAGCAUGCCAAGAUGAUUUGGUCGCGCAGGCAGUAUCGGUCAUUGCAGCUUUUCAUCUGUCCUCGAGAAUGCCAUCCAUGCACAUGGCUGCUGAGAGGGGCCAAGAAUUGAUCCUUUCACGGCUACGGCAGCAAUCUCUCAAUCUCGGACCCGGACAACUAUUCAACAUGUCAACAUUGGCCACGCUACUGGUUCUUCUGGUUGGAGACACAAUCACGGGCGCAAAUAAUUACGUCUACCUCCUCGAGUUACUUUCACGUCUCGCGAAGCUGGCGAUGAAUGACCCGCGUCUUUCCGACACCACCAAGGCAUUUAUUAUGGAGCAGACAAAAAUGUUCCAACUGUUUGGCUUUCCGCUGUCAAGUCAAAUGAAGGGCAUUCAAACAUUUACCAAAUCGCCCGACUACUAUUUGGACUUUAUGACAUCAUCGCCUUCGCUUGGUUCUGACCCGGAACAGUACGCAAACAUUCAAGUCAUGAAGGAUAUUAUCCGCCAAGCCUGCUACAUCUAUCGCAACCGUGCAUCACACGAAGCAACCCGCGAAUCAUCCAUUGAGGCAGUCGAAAGGCUUCGCCAGACUGUCACUCACUUGGACCCCAACGUGGAAGGCCGCCACGCCCUUGUAUGGGCAUUUUUUGUGGCGUCUGCUGAGAGUAUUCUACCAGAACACCGUGACUUCUUUUACAAUCGCCUGAAGGGCCUGUUUGAGUGUACGAGGUUCGGUAGCAUUCCGCUCGCCCUCCAAACGCUGGACUACAUCUGGUCGAAGCAAGACUCGACAAAUUGGAUAGAGAUUGUGACGCAUGAACGGCAAAUAUUGAUCAUGUAA